GGGGGGGUGGAGAUGACGCAUGUCCGACGCGUAUCGGGAAGGGAGGCGAAAGGGGCUCCAAACGCCCUCCGCGGGGCCGUCGCCCACACCCGCUGAGGCUCCUCGGGCGAGCUCCUCCCUGAAGAGGCGAAGGGCCGCCGGUUUCACCUCCCGGCCAUGCCCGCCGGCGUGCCCUGGCCCACCUACCUGAAGGCGCUGGCGGCCAGCAUGCUCGCCAUGUUCGCCGGUGCCGAGGUCGUGCAUAGGUACUACAGGCCUGACCUUAGUAUACCUGAAAUACCUCCUAAGCCUGGAGAACUGAGAACAGAACUGUUGGGUCUAAAAGCAAGAUCAAGCGAAGUUCAGACUUCACAGCAGUGACCAGAAUUAUGCUGUGAAAAUUAGAACUGAUAAAAUAAUUUGUUCAAUCAUCUCAACAAAGAUCCAUGUACAAAAUACGUAUAUUCCCUUAAUGCUUUGCCUUUUUUUUUUUUUUUGUUUGUUUUGUUUCUUUUGAGUUACUGGCAGCAUUAAAAUGAAACUUAUGAUGAGUACUGUUAAAAUUCCAGUUGGCUGUGUGCCAAAAUGCUUAUGGUUUCUUAAUCUUGAUUGCAGUGUAAGUAUCCUUCAGAGUAAAGAUGUAAACUCACAUUGGCAAGUCUGAUGGAAUUGGAAACUUUAAAGCUGAUUGACAGGUAUAGGAGGUUUAGCAUGCUGAAAAGUCGAGCUUCUGUGACCACUUUGUAGCCUUAGUAAGCUGAGCUGUUCAUCUGCCCCACUUACCCCUUGGCAUUUCCUGCCUUGUAAAAAUUUUAACUCAGGGUUACUGGACAUGAGCCUAGCACAGUAUGUGAGUGCAGGUGUAAGUGAGGAUGAUUCCUUAUUGCAGCACUUCUUGCUCUGGACUAAUAAUGCUUACAGCAAUUAUAUUGCUUUCUGUUUGUAUUGCUAACAGGAACUCCACUUUGGUCUUCUAUAAGGCUAGGGAGGAUCUUGCAGCUUGGUUGUUAGUUAAAAUGAGAUUUUAAUAAAGCUUUUGACACCCUUU